AUGACCAAUUCCAGCAAGACAUCCUCGUCCCCUGUGGAAGAUGGACCACAGUAUGGUGAUAUGUAUGAUAUGACCUGGACAUCAAGCAGCUCUAACGAUGACCAAGAUAAAGAUUUUGAUCUUUUUACUUUACUUGUCAUCUUCUCACCAAUUAUUUACAUUAUUGGACUUGUGGGGAAUGGAAUUGUCAUCUGUCUUCUUGGUUUCCACAUUAAAAGGAGCCCCUUCACUACAUACAUCCUGAACUUGGCUGUUGCUGACUUUGGAGUCCUUCUGUUUCUCAGCCUGAACUACAUUUCAUUACUAAUAAUAACCGAAGUGGAAAUAUAUAUUUUUCUAAUAUCUCUCUUGGUUGUGUCAUUCAUGCAUAAUACUAGUCAACUUCUAAUGACUGCCAUCAGCAUUGACAGGUGCGUGUCUGUCCUCUUCCCCUUCUGGCAUCGAUGCCACCGCCCUCCACACUUGUCCACCAUUGUGUGUGCGCUAAUGUGGAUUCUCUCCUUCCUGUCCACAGGAAGUCUAAUAAUUCUCAACAAUUUUGGAUAUUUAUGGAUAUAUUGGGUAUAUUUUUCUCCCUCUAUUGGAGUCGCUGCUCUUUGCCUCCCUCUUGUCACUCUCUCCACCAUGAUUCUGUUGUUCAAAGUCUUCUGUAAAUCACAGCAGCCUCGGAGAGGAAGGCUUCUAACCAUCAUCUUACUCACUCUCCUCUUCUUCCUAAUCUUUGCUUUCCCCCUGAAUGCUAUUUUGAUAAUCAAUUGUUUUACUUAUAUGGAAUAUUUUGAUCUAGUAUUUUAUGGCUUCUUCUGUGCCUGUCUGAACAGCUGUGUCAACCCAGUGAUCUAUUUCCUGGUUGGGAAGAAGAGGGGUCAACAAAGGCAGAACCUGAAGGUCAUCCUCCAAAGGGCGUUUGAGGAGAAGGAAGAGCAUAGAGAGGAAGGGGGCACCACAUCUCAGACAUCAGUGUGA